UACAAGCGGGGGAAUCUGCGCCAACGGCAACGCUAGCUAAAUUUUAACACUACGUUUUCAAUUUAGAUAACCAUAUAGGCCGUCAGCCAUGGGGAAGUCGUUUGCAAAUUUCAUGUGCAAGAAAGAUUUUCACCCUGCGUCGAAGUCAAACAUCAAAAAGGUAUGGAUUGCAGAGCAGAAACUGAGUUUUGAGAAGAAAAAGCAAGAAGAUCUAAUGCAGGCAUACCUGAAAGAGCAGGACACUUACAACAACAGGUUGUUGAUGGGAGAUGAUCGUGUUAAAAAUGGCCUCAAUUUCAUGUACGAGGCUCCACCCGGAGCAUCCAAAGAGGAAAAGAAAGAGGAUGGGGAAGAAGAGUACAAAUUUGAGUGGCAGAAGGUGGCUCCUCGUGAGAAGUAUGCAAAAGAUGACAUGAAUAUUAGGGAUCAGCCGUUUGGAAUCCAGGUGCGCAACGUGAGAUGCAUCAAAUGUCACAAAUGGGGCCAUGUGAACACAGACAGAGAGUGUCCUCUCUAUGGUCUGUCGGGUAUCAAUGCCAGCUCUGUGGCCUCAGAGGAGGCAGCAGGUCCGUCGAUGCACCCCUCAGAGUUAAUGGCGGAGAUGCGAAACAGUGGGUUUGCCCUGAAAAAAUGUGUCCUUGGUAGGAAUUCUACUGUUUGUGAUCCAUCGCAGGAAUAUGUUGCGAGCGAUGAAGAAGAAGAUCCUGAGGUGGAAUUUCUGAAGUCAUUAUCGACCAAGGAAAAACAGAAGCUCCUCAGAAAAUUAGAUCGCCAGGAGAAGAAGGCGGCCAAGAAAAAGAAGAGCAAAAAGCAGAAGAAGAAAAGCAAAAGAAAACACACAAAAAAGCAUGAAAGUAGUGGCAGCUCCAGUGACUCCUCUAGUAGCAGCAGCAGUGAUAGUGACUCAGAUUCAGACAGUCAUGGCAAGUUCAAGAGCCAAAAGAGAAAGAAGAACAAGAAAAAAGAUUCCUGUCGGGAUAACAGCUCCAAGAGCGAGCGUCGAGUCAAGAGUCAGAGAAAGGCCUCUUCUCACAGGAGCAGGUCACCGAGCCCUCACACAGGACAGAGGCGGCCUGAAGAGGAGCCCCGAGAUUAUAGACAAACACGGACAGAGAGGGGAAGGAGCAGGAGUCAAAAUCGCUGCCCGGAGAACAAGAUCAAGUCGGAGGGAGGUCAAGAGAGAAAGAGACACAACAGCAGGGACAGGCAGAGACCUAGCAGCUCCAAGUCUGGUUUGGACAGAAGUAGGAGCCGUGAGAGAGGCAGGGAGGACAGAGGUAAAGACAGGCGUCGCAGUGGAGAUGGUGAGAGGAACAGAAGUAGCACAGAUGGAAGAAAAGGCAGAACAGCAGAUGGGAGGAGCAGAAGCAGGGAAAGGGGGAAAGAAAGGGAGGGCAGAGGGAGAAGUAGGAGUAGGAGCAGGGAGAGAAGAGAGAGAAGUCAAGACAGAGGUAAAAGACAGCGCUGAUUUUUUUUUUUAAGACUUUCUUUGCUCUCAUACAGUAACUAUGAACAACAUGUGAAAAGGCUUUGAAUUUGUAAUUUUUUUUUUGCCAUUACUGUUAAGUAGUUCUCUCGGUAAUCACACAGAGUUCCUCUAUUUAAAAUUCAAAUCGCAAAUAUUGUGUAUAUGUCUCCUUUUCUUCCAGUAGAGGGAAGCAGUGGACAGAAAAUCUCUAGAUGCAGCUCAUUGCACUCUUUGGUAGUCUUGUACUGUAUGAAAGGGUCUAAAUUAAUUGAUUACCAUUGGAGGCAAUUUGCAGCUAUGAUCUGUUGAUGGGAAAAUGUUGGACUCAUUUUCAUGGUCAGUUGGCUGCUACAAAGACUAUUUCUGUUGCUGCAGUUUUUUAUCCUCCUUUCGUUAUUGUGUCUUUUUGGGGAGAAAUAUCGACAUUGUAAACUGUAAUGCUUAUCGGCUGUUGACGCCUGCAAAUUCACGACUUUUAUUCUCUGAUUAAAUGUUUAAUCCUCUCAGUUUAAUGCGUUUAUUUGCCGUGGAUGAAAUGAACGUCAACGUCAUAGAUGAGAUGGAAAAUGAAGAUGUGGAUUUUUUCAGUUGAGUGAUUGGUGUAUCCCCUCUAAAUUGUCUUUAAGAUGUGGACAACUGAUGGCAAAUUAUUACACUUUAGCGCAAAAUAUAUAUAUAUAUUUUUUAAUGUUUCUAAAAAAUACCGGCCGGUUUCCCUGAAUGAUAUGACAUAAUGUGCGUUAUCCCUAAAGCUGUGACACCUGGAUUUUUUGCUGGCGUCAAACUCAAACAAAAUAAAUAUGUCCAAAUAUUUUUGUCCAAACAUCCACCGUAAAUACAGAAUAUAUUAGAAAGGAAGCAAAAGCUAGCAUUGAAAGCUUGGAGAUGAAGUAAUGCUGCACUAUGUUUUUUUUGUUUGUUUGUUUGUUUUUUUUUAAAUUAAUGCUGACCAGUACUAUUUUAUAUUUUGAUAUGGAUAAAUCGUCUAGAAUUUAUGUAUAUAUUUUUAUAUAUAUAUUACAUGUUAUUACAUUCUUCCUGUUAUUUACAGUUUAAGGCCUAAUAUGGGAAUAUACCUAAUUUGACACGUUCAGUCUCCAAAAUUCGAAGAACAGUUUUGAUUAA